CAAAGGCACGUUGGGUCGGAAUUGGCGGGUUGCUGGAGCGAUCGUGUAACGUUACCUUUUGUCUGACCAUCCUGAUAACCUCGAUAAAACAAUAGCAAACUCUUUCUCCAGUCGACAUAUUUCAAACGUUUGUCGACACUUAAAGCCGGUCUAGCUGCACUGAGUUACCGUAUUCGGUGUUAUUUCGCCCUUUAUACGGUAAUUCACAGAAACUGUUGGUAGGUUUCUGAUCGGAUCCAGGUCAACAUGGAGAAGUGGCGAGCACGCUUCUGCAGCAUUAGCCAGCAGGCUAGGCGGUGUCUCGCUUUUAACGGCCGUUUUAGUACGGUUGACGCUGACCAGGAAGCGGAAGGUUUCACAGAGCCUCCGCCCCGUCGACGAGCAUGAGUCAACCUACAGACACCGCUAGUGAUGCUCCCAGCGUCACCGCAGACAGCAAGCUGGCGGCCACAGCUGGGAAGAAGCAGACCAAGAAGAAGGUGGAGGAGGUGGUAGAAGAGGAAGAGGAAGAAUAUGUGGUGGAGAAGGUUCUGGACAGACGUGUGGUGAAAGGCAGAGUGGAGUUCCUUCUCAAGUGGAAGGGCUUCUCGGAUGAAGACAACACAUGGGAACCAGAGGACAACCUGGACUGUCCUGAUCUCAUUGCAGAGUACAUGCAAAAACACAAGUUAAAUGAAAAGAAAGAGACUGUUGGAAAGAGGAAAGGAGAAUCUGACACAGAUGGUGGGGAAGACAGCCGGCCCAAAAAGAGGAAAGAUGAGCAAGACAAGCCGAGGGGCUUUGCACGGGGUUUAGAGCCAGAACGCAUCAUUGGAGCCACAGAUUCCAGCGGCGAGCUCAUGUUUCUAAUGAAAUGGAAAAACUCUGACGAGGCAGAUCUUGUUCCAGCCAAAGAGGCCAAUGUGAAGUGCCCACAGGUGGUCAUCUCAUUCUAUGAAGAGCGACUAACAUGGCACUCUUACCCUUCUGAGGAAGAAGAGAAGAAAGAUGACAAGAACUAGUCCUGUGAGGGGGAAUGAGAGAGGUGGCAAGUCAGGGGCAGUGUUAGACUAGUUUGGGUGGGGUGGGGGUAUUGGGGCUAAUGGACAGUUCAAAGACGGGAAAUCAGACACCCAAAAACUCUUACUCUCAAUGCCAUAAAACUUGGACUCAAAAUAUAUUCAGAGCAAGACAUGCAGACGUGGAGUCAUCUUUAGUGGGCAAAAGUGAAUGUUAGUAAGAAUACUGACCACCAUAAGAAACACGGGAUCGCUGUAUUUCUUUGCUUCUCUUUCUGUUGGAUUAUGGGAAAUGGGGGUAUAUAUAUAUAUAUAUAUAUAUAUAUAUAUAUAUAUAUAUAUAUAUAUAUAUAUAUAUAUAUAUAUAUAUAUAUGCUGCAGUAGUUGCUCAGUCAUUCCCAGAUCAUAAAAAGCUGGCCGAUGUUUGAUGAGGUAUAUACUGAACGCAAUGGAUCCUGUGUGCACAUCCUCGUACCUUCUAUAUUUUUCUGAAAAGAGCUUUUAAAAGAUAUUUCAGUCUAAAUCAGAACGUGUCACUGUGUAAUGUGCUGCCCUAAGUUAAAACCGUAAGUACACAACACUUAAAACUGUAAAAACAAAUUGUCAUUUUGAGUGCAUUGUUUCAUUUGAUAUCGGAGCAUGGUUUGUUCACAUCUCAGUUUUGAGUGUGUGUAGUUACAGUGUUUUGUCUUUGUUAGGCGGUAUGACCUAACUUCUUAAGCCUCCUUUUUCUUUUCCAUCUCAUUUGUUCAGACGUCAUUUGUUGUGUAAAUACAUUCGUCAAAGCUGUUGUCACCUUAUUAGUGAGCAAAAUGCUGUGUAUUGCAGUUUUGCUGUUUUAGCAGUGUUUCUCGAUUUCUAUUCACCAUGUAUCCAGUAUUCUUCUCAUCUUUUAUUUGGUCACCAUUUGAGGAUAUAUAUUGCGUAAAGAUAUAUUCACAAGGAGGGUUUUUUUUUAUAAUUCUAUUGUUUAGUAAACUGCAUUUCCCAUAGUCUCAUAUAAACCUUUUUUAUUUUUACUUGUUAGAUGUCAGUUGCAUUACUGUGUGAAGAGGAUAUAUGCUCUUUAGAUUCCAGCUUCUCAGUCCGAUCUUUCAAGUUUUAUAGACUGAUCAAGGUAUGCCAGACCUGGCUCAUAAAUACUUCAGAAACAGAGGAAAAGUCUGACACUUUGCUGCAUUACCCUCUUCUUCGGCGGUGCUCAAGGAGUUAAAUGUACUACACAGCUUUGAGAUCUUUUUAUCAUAAACCUACUGUAUGUAAAUGUGUAGUGAAGGUGAAAAUUGACCAUCCUACAGAUGAGGUCUUUUAGUACCUCGUUUGCACCAGCAUAAACUUGUCAGUACUGACAAUGUUAGUUUUAAAAUGUUAAAAUAUCUUCUAAACGUUUUUAAAUUGGUUAAAGUAGUAGGAUGAGGAUCACUGGAUACUGUUUUUCUCAAAAUAUGAUAUUGCUAGUGGCAUACACUUCUGCGUACUGGAGGAGACUGAAGUAUUAUCAGCUGUACAAAAUCAGUAAUGUGACUGGAUGAUUUUCCUUUCUGAUUGUCUGUUUUCUCUUAAGUGUACUAUUCAAAGCAUGUUACUUUCUUUCAUUUUCACUUUUUCAAUGUUUAUUUGUUCAUUAAAAUAACACUUUCUUAUUCA